ACUCUCUUCCUGGCCAGUUCUGGAAUUCAGACUGUGAGAAUAAAGAGAUGACCGAUAUCUCGAAGCAGAAUGCAAAGACUUUGGAGGCCUGGUCUUUUUUAAUCCAGGAUGGUUAUCAAGAGAUACUGAGCUGGUACUGCAGUGUACACGAGUGCUGUGAAUCAGGUGAUUGCCGGCUAAUUAACAACAUCACAGGACUUGACCACGAUCUGAACAAAAAGUUACAUGGACAGCAUCUCGCCAAGGAAGUUGUGGUAAAGGCAGUGAAAGGUUUCUUAGCAACCAAAAACCCAGAGAAAGCACUGGCACUUUCCUUCCAUGGUUGGUCUGGUACUGGCAAGAACUUUGUGGCCAAAAUGAUAGCUGACAAUCUGUACCGGGAUGGACUGAGAAGCCAAUGUGUGCAUUUCUACAUCGCUCCUUUCCACUUCCCACAUGUCAACAUGGUAGACAUCUACAAGACUCAACUCCGGCAAUUUAUCCAGGCAGCUGUACAACAAUGCAAACAAUCCUUGUUUAUAUUUGAUGAGGCAGAAAAGUUGCAUCCAGGCCUCAUUGAUGCUAUCAAGCCUUACAUUGAUCAUUACGACCACGUGGAUGGGGUGGAUUUCAGAAAGUCCAUGUUUAUUUUUUUAAGCAAUAUAGGGGGAAACUCCAUAAAUAGGGUGACACUGGGAUUUUGGCGUGCUGGACAAAACAGAGAGGAUAUCACGAUGGAAGAUUUGGAGCACCAGAUCCAAAGAGAAACUGCAAUCUCAAAAGGUGGAUUUGCACACAGUGGCCUCGUGACUGAGAACCUAAUUGACUUUUUCAUCCCUUUCUUACCGCUGGAGUACAAGCACGUUAAGUUGUGUGUGCGUGAUGCUCUUCAGUCCAGAGGAAUCAAGUAUGAUUUAGACAUCCUGGAUGAAGUAGCUAAGGGAAUGGUAUAUGUUCCAAAGGAGGAAAAGCUUUUCUCUGCUCAGGGCUGCAAAUCAGUUGCACAACGGGUCAACGUUUUUCUGCCGUGAAACUUGAACUCCUUAACGUA